AUGUCGCCAAAAGUAGAUGUUUCGAAACCGGAAAUCGAACUAAUUUCUACGUUCGCAGUGAUUGACUUGGAGACAACCAAUUUGCCUGCUUACUGCCAAAAUCGGGUUAGCAUCACCGAGCUGUGCAUUUACGCCUUCGAUCCUUCGAUUUUAAAAGACAACCAUGCAUCUGAGGAGUUGAAGCCAAGGACACCCCAAGUUCCGCCAGUAAAACCUAGAGUUUUGCACAAGUUAAAUUUACUUUUCCAACCAACAACGGCGGUGUGUCUAGAAGCUCGGAGAAUCACAGGCUUGGAUAACAACCUGUUGGAGCGUGAGUCAAGGUUGAACGAAAAUGCGGGUCAAAUGAUACUGAAAUUCUUUAAGCACUUGCCCGCUCCAAUUUGUCUGGUUGCUCACAAUGGUUGGCACUUUGAUUUUCCAAUUCUAAAGCAGGCUUUUGAUAAGCUAAAUUUAAAGUUGCCAGCUUCCAUGCUUUGUGUGGACUCCUUGCGAGCUUUUAUGGAAAUCGAUGAUAAGCGAGCCAACGAACCAUUUUUGCAAUAUGUAGUCAAGUCUGAUUGGAAGCUAGAGCGAAUUCCUAAAGAAAUUAACUUGCAAACAGUAAACAACACAACAGAAAAACGAAAGCUUUUAAACGAUGAAAAUCUGGACAACUUAUUACGUUCCCGUCGCAAACUUUUUUCUGGCUUAAAAUGUUCCCAAAUCAAACGCUUUCCUCCUCGCGGACGCUAUUCUUUGGUUAGUCUGUUCGAGCGGACGUUUGAGCUUCCGGCCUCAGCUGCUCAUCAGGCAGAAGCCGAUGUCAAUAUGCUCACAAAGCUUAUUCAGCACUAUGGCGUUGACUUUCUAGCCUUUGCCGAGGAACAGGCCAUUCCAUUUGCAGAUGUUGUACCACUUGGCGGAAAGAUUUCAAGCUCAUCUGCCACACUUGGCGUUAAUUGGUCAAAAUUGUUGCGUUAUUUUUCUAUUGCUGCUUUUGCACUUUAUGUUGGUUUUUUAUGUGUAUUUAAAUAGAAGGUGUUUGAAUAUUAUUCAAAACUCAACUCACAAUCCUUGACACCUCUAAAAAUACUCAAGAAUAAGAAGAAUGGAAAUGACUUGUAAUUUUAA